AUGUGGUGCAAGGAUUGCAACUCGGAUAGAAGUGAUAUCUCCGAGGCCUGUGAGGAUUGCGACUCGGAUAGAAGUGAUAUCUUCGAGGCCUGCAAGGAUUGCUACUCGGAUAUAAGUGGUAUCUCCGAGGCCUGCGAAGAUUGCAACUCGGAUAUAAGUAAUACCUUCGAGACUUGCGAGGAUUGCGACUUGGAUAGAAGUGGUAUCUCCGAGGCUUGCGAGGAUUACGGCUCGAGUAGACUUGGUGUUUUCGAUGCCUGCGAUGAUGGAAUUGACGGUUCAGGAAUAAGGGGGUACGUAGGCAGCCUAGAGAUUAUAGGUGCAGCCGCGAGGUCAAGUGGGGAGACUCUGCCAAAUUUUCGGCAGAAGUCGAGCUUGAAAUUCUUUGGAUUUGGUUUAGAAGGGCAAUUUGGUCGUUUGUGCCUGGCACCUGCCAGGUGUCGAACACGCAAAGGGUUCGGCUCGGAUUUCAAAGUGAAAUUUGGGUAUGGUCCUGUCACCUACACUUCAAAAUGA